GCAUUUUUGUGCUUGCCUGGCUCCAGGUAGGAGACGGGAAGAGCUCCUUCGCCCCUAGAACUGGUAUCGCGUCCUGACAGCGUCGCUCCAGCCAGCGUGCGUUCCACGGCGACGUCGUUGAAUUCUCCGACCGACUGUCAUCGUCUAAUUGCUGCGCUCCGGCGUCGCCGCAUUAACGGCGACGAUGAUCGCCCGAACGCAUUGAAAGAGCAGAAAUUGGGUUGUGUUUGAUGUGGGCCUUGGGUCUGAACGACCCCGCGUCGCUACGCAACAUGCCGCGGAGCUGUCAAACUUUUCGGCGGCGGUGGCUGUGACUCAUCGGGAUACCUGCGCUGGAUCUGGGUGCACGGUGGUCGGCGAUCGCUGGGAGUGCGAGUGCUAUGCCGGCAGCGAGGUGCCGCGUCGUCUGUGAUGUGCGCGUGUCGUGUGGGAGGCAUGCAGCCGAACAGCGCUAGUGCGUCGCCCAUGCUCGACGAGCUCGAGGAUUACCUGCACGAGAUCAGGAGUCGGGACGACGAAGGGGACGAGGACGGCGCCGGGGACGUGUACUCGCAGCUCGCCCAGAAGGAGAAGGACCUCUUGUUGGCUGCCGAGAUCGGCAAGGAGCUCCUCGAGAGGAACACGGACUUGAGUCGGCAGAAUGAACGACUCACGGAGGAGUACUCGCGCAAGCUCGAGGCCCUGGAGCAGGAGAAGCACGCCUUGCGGCGCAAGCUGGACUCGGUGUCCGGCGAGAGCGACGGGCGCCUGUCCGAGCUUCAGGCGGACCUGGCCCAGGCCCGGCAGCAGCUGGCCGAGCAGCAGGCCCUGCUGCGCUCGCUGGACCGUGAGCGGGGCGCCGUCGUGCACGAGAUGGCCGACCAGAACCAGCGGCUCGCCCAGGAGCUCAAGGCAGCGCGCAGGGCCGAGGACCAGGCGGCUAGCCAGUACCGCUCGCUCCGGGAGCAGCUGUCGCUGCGCAGGUCCAGCCUCGACGACCACGUGUCCCAGCUGGAGGGACUCCGGGAGGAGAUCACGCUGCUGUCGGACCGCAAGGCGGAGCUGGAGCGCCGGAUCUCCGCCCUGGUGGACGAGCGGGAAAGCCUGAGCUUGUCCCUGGAGGAGUCCGGGGACAGGAUCCUGCUGCUCGAGAAGCAGCGCCACGACUACGAGGCCCAGAUCCGCAACCAGCAGCGGGACAUGGAGGAGCUGCGGGUGGCCAACGUGCAGCUGCAGGAGCGGCUGGACGCGGCGCAGCGGCUGCGCUCCUCGUCGCCGCUGCCGGGCCACAGUCUGGGACACCGGUCGCUCUUCAACGAGAUCGAGAUGUCGUCCAGCUCGUCGGCCGACGACGACGCCGCCAGCACGGGGCGUCGUAGCCGGCAGCUGUCUCAGCUGGGCUCUUCGUCGGCGGGCUUCGCGGCGGACUUGGACGAGAUCGAGUGCGACGAGUGCGAGCUGGGCAGCGAGGAAGACAAGCUGCGGCAGGAGCUGGCCCAGGCGCUACAGGAGCUGCAGCGGCUGGUGAGCGACUUGCGGCGGCAUCGCGACAGCGCGGCGUCCUCGGACAGCGGUGUGCCUCCGUCCCCGGCCGAGGUGCACCCGAGGGACGUGACCGGACAUAUGCUGUCCGCCAUCUUGGCCGACCUCCGGCUCCUGCUCCAGGACAUGCUCGCCGGAUCGGGCUGCCAGGGUUGCCAGACGCUGGCCGAGGAGCGCGCCCAGGCGGAGCAGCUGCGCCGGGAGCUGUGCGACAAGUCGGACGAGCUGCGGCAGCGCAGCGUGGAGCUGAGCGAGGCUCAGCGCCAGCUGACGCUGCACGACACCGAGCUGCAGGCGCUGCACGAGGAGAGGGACCGGCUGCGCGACGACGUGGGCAGCAGCCGCAUGGCCAAGGACGAGAUCGUCAAGCGAGCCUGGGACACCAGGGACCAGGCGGUCGCCAGGAAAAACAACACAGAAAUUGAGCUGGCCAAGACCCGCAUUGAGCUGAUGCACAUCAACAGCCAGCUCAUGGAGGCCAUCCAGCAGAAGGUGGAGCUCUCUCAGCAAUUGGAGCAGUGGCAGGUGGACAUGCAGGCCCUCCUGGACGAGAGGGUGAAGAAGCAGCUGCGCAGGCAGGAGAAGGAGGACAGCCGGCGCAAGGCGCAGGCGGCCGCCACGUGUGCCAACGGCUCGCAGCAGGGUGCCGCGGGCCGGUCGGCCGGCAAGCUCUUCGGGCUCUGGAGGAAGUCGCAGGCUCCUCAGUGAGGCCACCCACGCCGCACAGCCUCCCGGUGCCGGCUUCUUCGACCCGCCCUCACCUCGUUUGUGUGGUGAAAGUACGCCGUCUGCAAGGCGUCUCUGACGGGUCCAUUUCUCCCUUCAUUUGCACUCGAGGACAUUGUACGAGCGUCGUGCCAUCGCCUGCCAAGAUCCUGGUGGUGUCGCUGCAGCAGUGCUGGAUGGGGCAGAUGCCCGUUCCGCUGCACUCUCCAGCUUGAAGGUCCACGGCCGUUUUAGCAGCCAGGAGUGCCGCUACAACGGCGACAGUUGCGUUUGCUCUCCUGCCUUUUGCUGCAACUUGGACGCCCAACCGCCAGGGUCGGGACGUCCGACAACGUGACACUCUGGCUUUUGGGACAUCAUUUGUUGCCGCUUUGGGACCACUUUGGAUGCACGGGCGGAAGAAUAUGCGCCGGUUGGAGACGCCUUCCAGGCAGCACCCCUGCUUUCCAUGGCCGGACCUGCCGAGAUCUGAUGGUGCGCACUCUACGACGAUCUCUGCGACAGUCGAGUCGGUAAUCUCAACGGGGCCGGAGAGUGCGCCAGGCCCAAGUGCGGUGCAGAGACGACGUUGCGCACGACUCUGGACUUUGCGUGGCGAGUACAGACUGUUCUGCCACCUCGGAGUUUUAGAUAGUAACAUGUUUGUGUUUGCCGUUUCCCUGCCUGAAAUUUCGCCGGCCGGUUUUUUGCGGUCUCUCCACGAGGAAUGAAUGAUUCUCUCUAAGGUCUGCGAGUGUGUCUUGCCCGAUCGAGGCAAGGCGUACAAAGGCUCUACCUUCUGCUCCUUUGAUGGCCGACAUUUAGCAAAUUCAUUCGCAAUCCCAGAUCUUUUUAUCGAGCGCGUCGAGUUGCUCUUAUGACGGCAGCCGACGUGCAUUUCUCGGAAAACGUUUCUUCGUGUUCAGUCGUACAGCUGCGUACAAAAAGAUAUAAUCGUCGUUCUUGAACUCUAAAUGCUGCUAAGCGUUAACUGGAAUAUUUGAGCAUCUGCAAAAGUUUCGUUAGGAUAGGGUUUGAUGCCGCCACCAUUCGAGCCAAGGGGAGCAAGUGGAUACGAAAUGCUGAUGGGGAUUAGAUUUUUUCGGUCUACAAGCGGGUCAGCGAAUUUAUUUUGAAUGGUGGAUAAUUUAGGUAGUAAUAUAUUUUUGUUUAUAAAAUAAGAUAGUCCACUCAAAGUUGAUUAUCCAUUACGAAUCAUUGUUUGCUCGGUUGGCCACACAUUGUACAUAGAAAAUAUUAUGUUUUCAGACACAUCUCGAGGUUGUAUAGUUGUCUCGAAGGGGCCCAUGUUGGGCACCGAAUUUUGUACAUAGGCAUUGUUUCUUUGCAGAGUGUGAAAACUGUUUGUGCACUCUCUGUUCCUUCCACUGCGGGGUUUGCAGCGCGUCUCAUUUCACUAAGUCAUGAAAGCCUAAGUGGUUCCGGUGUGGAUGUCUUACGUGCAAUGCGGAGAGAAAGUCGUCUGCUUCUUGCGCAGGAGUUACGAUGAUGUCAGAACGCCGAGCUCUUAUUGGCUGGUUAAAAAAAAUGUAGUGGGUAAGGCAUCUAGCAUUGAGGUCUACCCACUAUCCUUCCAAUCAAAGCCAACCAGCCUGGCGUCGUUCCGAUGUCACCGCAACUUCUGAGCAAGAAGCAGACGACUUGCUGUCUGCAUGGGGUGCGAGAGAAGAAAGAAAAGCAAGCUACUGUCUUAAACCUAAAUUUCUGCAUCGGCAGUCUGGUUUAGUCCGCAAAUUGUCGUAGCAACAUCCCUCGUCGGGGGAGUCUAGGAGAUCUUUCCAGGAGACACGGCGAGUAAUGUUCUUCAAGAAGCAUAAAAUUGACAGAUUUCAGUGGCUCUUUAAACAAGCAGAGGUAUGAGCUGCAAAUUAUGAGCACAUGUCUUUUCAGCUCGCAUGUAAAGUGAGAAAAAUUUUGAGUCUACUCGUAAUUUUUUACCACUCUAAAAGGAUGCACUUCGGCAUUUAAAGAUCUCUGGACGUAUGCCUGAAGCCAUUCUGAACGCUGUUGAAGACCACAAAAGUUGCAGUAAAGUGACUUCCAAGGAAAGAAAGGAGUGACCGUGGAGAGCUUGGCAACAAUUGUCCGUUGUUCCUCGGCACAAAAGCGACCACUGUAAAGCUUCAAGAAUUUGUCGAGACUUUUUGGAAACAUCACCUCCCAGAAUUCCUGAACGCGAGCUUCCCAAGCUCGCUUUCCUGUGAUAAGAGUCAGAGGGGCCAUUUAGACUUGCGCUGCUGGCUGCACCCAGACCACAUUCUCAGCAGCUCUUGUAGGCACUCUAGCGUAGCAUUCGAGGCUACAUUUGACCAGCAAUAACCUGCUACUACAGUAGCGCUGUCAAACUUGGUGCAAUUAAGCACCUUUCCCUGCGGUCGCUGGAACUGAAACCCAUAGGCAGCCAUGUUAUGAGGGUGGUCUGCACCGCGAGGUUCUUCGUGUAAUUAAAGGACGCUUCUGGUCUA